AAUGCUAUAUUUUUUCAGAUAUAAUGUCUCCAAAAUUUUGUAUUUUCUAAGCAUGCAUCAAUUUUUCAGUUUGGCAUGAUCAUUGCAUUUUGGUGACCAAUUGAUAUAUUAUAACAAACACUUUGAAUCUAGGCUAUUUCAGUUUAUAAAAAAUCUUUGGAGUUUAUUAUUGAAAAAGAUGAAACAAAGGGCAUCUGAACAGUAGCCGAAGCUGUUGAAAUCGGUAAGGACCCCACCCAUAUAUCGCGUAAAUGUUUGUUUUGCAGAAAAACUUUAUUUCUAUGUAAAAUGAACAUUUCUCCGAAUUGGAACCGAGGUAUGACAUAAUCGCUCAACAGUAUCGCAGGAAAUAAACGUAAAAUCCUUCCUCUAUCGCGUGAAGAGUAGAGCUAGCCAUAGUUUUACACGGAACCACUAAACCAGUACUUCGCAGACCUAGUAGUGAUAUAUCAAGCGGGAAUUUCUGAAUCCAACAAUAAAUCGCUAAUUUUCUUGAUCAAAACCUGCCAACAUUAGAGUUUAUAAAGCAAUCGGCCUUCUGCUGAUGACCAUGGUAGAGGUGCGCUAACACAUCGUGGCUUAUGACAUCUCAGUAGUUGUUCGGAGAGUGUUUCAAUUUACUUCAAGUUACGAAAAUUAAAUCAGUGCAGUUGAUAGACACUCAAAUUUAAAAUGGAAAUAUUUUAUAGUGUCAGUUUUGUAAUUGUCUUUAGUGUUUUCUUUGGUCAAUCUAAUGGACAAGAGGGUGUUUUCUGCGAAACUCCAAACCAAGAACCAGGUGCUUGCAUAAGCAUAUACCAAUGCGCUCCCUUACUGAACCUGCUAAAGACUCAAUCAAGGAACCCAGAAGCAGUAGCCUUUCUCAGAAAUUCCGUUUGUUUUCGUAAUGGUAAUGUUCCAAUAGUUUGUUGUCCAACUCAAAGGGUGCGAACGCCAAAUCCAUUCUUGAAUCCUGAUCCCUCACCUUCUACCAACAAUGCAAUCGAUCCAGUUACUGAUAAUCCUUACAAUCCACCAAUAACUCCUUCGACAACAUCAGGAAAACUAUUGAGAAAACCUGACUGUGGUUUCAGCAACGAAACCAACUCUAGGAUUGUGGGCGGUAUUCCUGCCAAGCUAGGAGAAUUCCCAUGGAUGGUUAUUUUGGGGUACAGAAAUAGCAAAAAUCCUUCUGUACCAAAAUGGUUGUGUGGUGCUUCACUGAUUUCAUACAGGCACGUUCUGACCGCUGGCCACUGCGUUCAUGGAAGAUCUGAUCUAUAUUUGGCUAGAAUAGGAGAUCUUGACCUAUAUUCUGACAACGAUGGAGCAUCACCUGAAGAUAUUCUUCUCGAAAGUGCAAAGGUACAUGAAGAUUACAGUCCGGUCAAGUUCACAAAUGACAUUGCUAUUUUGAAACUUUCCAAAAGUGUCACACAUCCUUCGAUUUGGCCAAUCUGUUUACCUGUAGAAGAUAGACUUAGAAACAGAGAUUACGUCAGGGCACAGCCUGUAGUUGCUGGUUGGGGUAGUACAAAUUUUAAUGGUCCAUCAAGUACCACACUUCUCGAAGUUGCAGUACCUGUGGUAACCACAGAUGAAUGUAGAAGAGCUUACAGUAAGCAGAAUUCAGUAAUAGACGAAAGGGUGCUAUGCGCUGGAUUUGCAAGGGGUGGAAAAGAUUCUUGUAAGGGAGACUCAGGUGGACCAUUGAUGUUCAUCGAGAGUGAAGCUAACAAUGUUCGAAUAACGCAAAUUGGGGUUGUUUCCUACGGUUUCCGAUGUGCAGAAGCUGGUUAUCCAGGAGUGUACACCAGAGUUACAAAUUUCUUGGACUGGAUAGAGCGCAACAUGAAAUGAGCAAGGUUGAAAUUAAGAAAUGUAUAUAAAUUCAAAUUAAUAUAUUGUUAAUUCAAUUUUGGGCCAAUUCAUGAGAAACGUUUUUUUUCAAAUAACCCCUUGAUGAUGCAUCACAGUUUUGUAUUGUUAUAUUGUAUUUGUUCAAAAUUUUCUCAAACUUCUUACUUUUUAUUUCUACGAUGGAAUCAAUUCAGUGAAUUAUCGAAUGGAUUCCUGAAAAUCUAGGGUUGAUGAAAGGACACAAAUUAUAAUAAAAUCAGAUUGAGUAUAGCUAACACUUGUGCUUGUGUGAAUUGAGUAGCCUUAAUUUUUUAUACGGAAAUGUAUUUCCCCAAUAAUUCUAAUUUAAUGAGAUUUUAGAAAAUAUAUACGUAUGUGAUAAUUAUCCGAGUAUGAAUUGUAUUAUUCCAAGUAUUUUUCACCAAUUCGUCUGUGGAAAAUUGUGUUUGUCUUUCGCAGCUUGAAUUAUUGUAACAUUCGUUUGUGAUAUACUAUAAUUACUAUACAGUCAUUGAUUAUAGAUAUAGGUCUAUUGUAUACAAUGAUUCAAUAAUGUAAUAAAAUGAAACAUUAUUCAA